AUGUUGAAUUUCUUAAUUGCCGAAAAUAUCAGGAAUGACGGGAAUUCGAUACUUAAGCAGGUAUAUCGUUAUCAAAAUGUAGAAUAUUAUGUUAGUGGCUCAUCGAGGCAGUAUAUAAAUGGAUCCAAGCAAAUGACGAAACCAGAAUACGCUUUUGAUCAAAUGGAUAAAAAAUAUGAUUGGUGUUCAAAUUGCGGCAAAUCUGUAUCAGAUCACCCAUGGUUAAUUCUUGGCGUUAAAUCCAGAAUGAUGAAGCUUGAUGGUUAUUAUUUAAGAGCAGGAUGCUGUUAUUCAGGUUGCUGCUGCGAAGACACAGGAUACUGUUGCGAAUGUUGCUUAUUUAGCUGGUCAUUCCAGAUUUCUAAUGACAACGUUACUUGGAAUACAAUUCAUAAAGUUGAGAAAGACUACGAAAUGAGAAAUUGCAAAGAGAAAACGUAUACAUUCUCACAGUCAUACACUGCUAAGUAUGCAAGGAUUAUCCAAGACGAAACUUGCUAUGAUGAACCACCUUGCAUCGCACUCAACAAAAUUGAGCUCAUUGGAAGCAUAGAAGGUAAUGACAUAGUCGAUGAUAGACUGAAUAUUGAUGUAGAUGAUGAUGACGUGAGUAUUAUCGGACACAUCAGCAAAGCAAACCUUCGUUAA